CACACGACCCUCGCGAAACGACAGGUGGGAAGCCGAAUUCCAUACUUUCCCGGUCGACCAGGCGAACGAAAUCGAGUUUACGGUUUAUGAUAAGCCCAGCGAGCAUCCCGUGCCUAUCGCCAUGCUCUGGGUCCGAAUCUCGGACAUCGUUGAGGAACUUCGCCGGAAGAAGAUCGAGGCCGAAAUGACGUCCGCAGGUUGGGUUUCGGCGGACCGCGUUGGCUCCAGAGCUCCUCCGCCGCAAUUCCCAAUGGGCACCCAGAGUCCUCAGUUUGCGGCACCGCCAACAUCCCCUGGAUCGCAGGAGCAAAACACCAUGAUCCCACCCCAGGCGCCUCCGCCAUCCCAAGUUGUUUCACAGCCAGUAGAUGGUUGGUUCAACCUGGAGCCUUAUGGCCAGGUCCACCUCAGUUUCAACUUCAUCAAGGGGGCUCGUCCUCAGGGCAUGGACAGGCUGGGUCGCAAGGGUGCCGUCCGCCAGCGCAAGGAGGAAGUCCACGAAAUGUACGGACACAAGUUUGUCCAGAAGCAGUUCUACAACAUCAUGCGCUGUGCGCUGUGCGGCGAUUUCCUCAAGUAUUCCGCUGGUAUGCAGUGCGAGGACUGCAAGUACACUUGCCAUACCAAGUGCUACACCAGCGUUGUUACCAAGUGUAUCAGCAAGAGUAAUGCCGAGACUGAUCCUGACGAGGAAAAGAUCAAUCACCGCAUCCCUCAUCGCUUCAUUCCUUUCUCCAACCUUACCGCCAACUGGUGCUGCCACUGCGGUUACAUGCUACCAAUUGGAUCCAAGAAGAACUCAAGGAAAUGCUCAGAAUGUGCUCUUACAGCCCACGCGCAAUGCGUGCAUCUUGUUCCUGACUUCUGUGGCAUGUCUAUGGCUGUCGCCAACCAGAUCUUGGAGGGUAUGCGAACGCAGAAGAAGACUCAUAAGGACAAGGCGUCCUCGAUGAGUGAGCGUACCCUUAGGCCGGGAAGCAAAACCUCCAUCUCGUCCGGGUCGAUUGCUCAGACAUCGACGUAUAGUGGUUCGACUGCUUAUACGUCUAUCGCUUCGCCUGAAGCAACCGAGGCUGCCAAGCUCAUGUACAGCCAAACAACACCCAGGCCAGCCGGCCCCGACAGGACCUCUACCAGCUCGACAACCGCCUCGGCGGCUGCGGCUGCGGCUAUGGCACCAAAGCAUAGCUCUCAGCAUUCGCACGCCGGUUCGAUACCCGACUUUGGUGGAAACUACGGUGGUUCUCCCGGCUAUGGGCGUCCGGAAUCUCGGGACGACGAGUACUCCGCCCAGCAGCAGCAAGGACAUGGCUCGCCGCAGCAACGGAAGUAUAACCCGGCGGACUAUGCUAAUAUCGACGCCUACUCGAGCCCACCUCAGGCUCGUCCCCAACAGCAGCAGCAGCAGCAAUCACCCCAGCAGGUCUCACCAAUGUAUCAGCAGAAUCCUCAGACGCCUAUUGCCAAGCCUCAGCCUGUGGCGCCAUCCUAUGAUAACCAGGUGGUACCGUCCGCCUCCGGAGUGCCAGUUCCGACUAAGAAGCCGCUGCCAUCGGCCACUGACCCCGGCACGGGUAUGAGAAUCGGUCUUGACCAUUUCAACUUCCUCGCUGUGCUUGGUAAGGGCAACUUCGGCAAGGUCAUGCUUGCUGAGACCAAGAAGAGCCGGAAGUUGUAUGCCAUUAAGGUGUUGAAGAAGGAGUUCAUCAUCGAGAACGACGAAGUGGAAAGCAUCAGGUCGGAGAAGCGCGUCUUCUUGAUUGCCAACCGCGAACGUCACCCCUUCCUCACGAACCUCCAUGCCUGCUUCCAGACGGAGACCAGAGUCUACUUCGUCAUGGAGUACAUUAGCGGUGGUGAUUUGAUGUUGCACAUUCAGCGUGGAAUGUUCGGCACAAAGCGUGCUCAGUCUGUUUGGCACUCAAGUACUUCCACGAGAACGGUGUCAUUUACCGUGACCUGAAGCUUGAUAACAUUCUCUUGACUCUUGACGGACACAUCAAGAUUGCAGACUAUGGUCUGUGUAAGGAGGACAUGUGGUACGGCUCGACCACUAGCACCUUCUGCGGUACUCCCGAGUUCAUGGCCCCCGAGAUUCUCUUGGACAAGAAGUACGGCCGCGCUGUGGACUGGUGGGCGUUUGGCGUUCUGAUAUACCAGAUGCUACUCC